AUGGCCGACGCUCUCAAGGCAGAAGGCAACAAGGCCUUCUCCGCCAAGGACUAUCCUACUGCCAUUGACAAGUUCACCCAGGCCAUCGCUGUCGAGCCCGAGAACCACAUCCUCUACUCCAACCGCUCCGCCGUCUACUCUGCACAGGCCGAAUACCAAAAGGCUCUCGAUGACGCCGAGAAAGCCAUUAGCAUCAAGCCGGACUGGUCCAAGGGCCAGCUCCGCAAAGGAGCUGCCUACCGCGGAUUGGGGGAUCUUCUGGCUGCCCACGACGCCUACGAGGAGGCCCUGAAGCUUGAACCCGGCAACGAACAGGCCAAGUCCGGUCUGAGUGCGGUCCAGCGGGCUAUCAAUGCGGAGGCGACGGCUGAUGGGGUCUCGGGAGACCCGCUGGGCGGUCUCGGUGGCAUGUUCAAUGACCCCGGCAUGCUCCAGAAACUGGCCAGCAACCCCAAGACGGCCAGCCUGCUCAGCGACCCGGAGUUCAUGGCGAAACUGAAGAAGAUCCAAGAGAACCCCAACAGCGUGGGCGAGGAGAUCCGUGACCCACGCUUCCUGCAGGUGAUGAGUGUGCUUCUCGGCAUCGAUAUGAACUUCGGUGCGCCACCGGGUGGUGAAUCAUCUGGGGAUCAGCCAAUGCCAGACGCCCAGCCCAGCACCUCUCAGCAGAAGCCCAAGGAGCCUACCCCCGAGCCCGAGCCGGAGGAUGAGGAGGCGAUUGCCAAGAAGAAGGCCAAGGAGGCUGGUGACGCCGAGAAGAAGAUCGGCAACGAUUUCUACAAGAAGAAGCAGCUGGAUGAGGCCAUCGAGCACUACAACAAGGCCUGGGAGCUGCACAAGGACAUCACAUAUCUGAACAAUAUCGGUGCCGCCAAGUUCGAAAAGGGCGACUACCAGGGCACCAUUGAGACCUGCCAAAAAGCCGUCGAGGAAGGCCGUGACCUCAGGGCAGACUUCAAGCUGAUGGCCAAGGCCUAUGCCAGAAUCGGGACUGCCUACGAGAAGAUGGGUGACCUGACGCAGGCCAUUGAAUCCUACAACAAGUCACUCAUGGAGCACCGGACCCCCGAUACUCUCACCAAGCUUCGCAAUGCCGAAAAGACCAAGGUCAAGGCGGAGAAGGACGCCUACAUGGAUCCGGCCGAGGCCGAGAAGGCCCGCGAGCUCGGCCAGAAGAAGUUCCAGGAGGGCGACUGGCCCGGGGCCGUGGAUGCCUUCACGGAGAUGACCAAGCGCGCCCCUAGCGACCCGCGGGGGUACUCGAACCGCGCAGCCGCGCUCAUCAAGCUGAUGGCCUUCCCGGGGGCGGUACAGGACUGUGAUGAGGCCAUCUCUCGCGACCCCAAGUUCAUCCGCGCGUAUAUGCGCAAGGGCCAAGCGCUGGUCGCGAUGAAAGAGUACAACCGCGCGCUGGAUGUGUUCACCGAAGCGGCGGAGCACGAUGACGGAACGCACGCGCGCGAGAUCGAGCAGCAGCAGCAGAAGUGCCUGGAUGCGCAGUUCAGUGCGCGGGCGGGCGAGACGGAGCAGCAGACCAUGGAGCGUAUCCAGAAUGAUCCCGAGAUCAUGGCCAUCCUCCAGGACCCGGUGAUGCAGAGCAUCCUCCAGCAAGCCAAGGGUGACCCGGCCGCGCUGCAGGAGCAUAUGAAGAACGCACAGGUGCGGAUGAAGAUCCAGAAAUUGAUGGCGGCGGGCGUCAUCCGUAUGGGGCGGUAG